AGAUGUCAACGAUUCGUAGGCAGAUGGAGAAAUGGCGGUCGAAGCUGAUUCUGCUCUUCCUCCUCGUCCAUCUAACUUCGACGAUCUCAUUCAGUCCUCCUUCUCACGGAUGCUAUUGGACCGAUUCUUGUCAAAACAAAUGGGUUGGAGGUUGUGGCAAAGGUCAUGUCAUCAUUGACCAGUCAGAUGACUGCAAUGGGCUUUGUCUAGGGCCAAAGUAUCCUCUAUGCCUUCCAUUUUAUACUCAUUUCCAUUGUUGCAAACCAGAAAGUCCAAAAGUGACAGACAGAUGUGCACAAUGCAAGAACAAGGUAGACUAUGGUGAUGAGUAUAUAUGUUGUACAGACUGCUCCGAUCCUUACCUCUCUGACAAGCAUACCAAAUUAGGUUACUGUAAGACUGGUGCAGAACUAGCUGUGCAGCUAAAACCAAGGGAAGUUUUCAAGUGGGUUGCUGGGCCAUGGAUGCAGUGUUCAUCUCCUUGCGAUGGUGGGAUCCGGUAUCGAGAUGUGGAAUGUUUUGGUUUAACCAAAGAUGCAUCAAUCCCGCAUUAUCCAGUGGACAAUAGUAGGUGCUCUGGGGAAGAAAUGCCUGCCAGACAAGAGCCCUGUAAUUUGAACCAUUGUGCGGAGUUCAGUGACAGUAAUGCACUCGGGAGUGAAAGAAGCAGUGGAAUGUCAGCCUGGAUGGUUACCUUCCUUGUUCUUCUUGGACUUGCAACGGUCGGUUGUCUGGGAUUUGUAGGCUACACUCUGUACAAGAGGAGAACCUCAUCUCAACAUGGCUUUGUGUAUAUCAUGUUGGAAGGAUACUCUUGAGAGUUUGGAACAGUGGUCUACUUAUUCUCUAAAAAAGAAAAAGAAAUAAAAAAGUUUAGAACAAUGUCAACUUUAUUUGGAUUAUUCUUUUUUUAGAAUUUUUAUUCAUUUGUUGAUUUUGGCACAUUUAUUUUUG